CUCAAUCAGAACCCAAAUUGAGAUGGAUCCAGUUUUAGUAGCUACAGAGUUCGUUGCGCAGUACAACAAUACGUAUGAUAACAAUCCAACUGGACUCUUUAAUUUCUACGUUCCAGGCUCAACUCUCACAGUAGAUGGUCAGCGUGUCGAUGGUGAUCAGUCCAUUGUUGAUCGGCUAAGCGGAUUCCAGCCUUGCAGUCACAACACUUUAAGUGUUGAUUGUCUGCUUGCUGAUCCAGAAAACCCUGACGAACCUCUCAUCGUGAUGGUCUUUGGUGAUUUUGUGAUGACGGGGACUGAACGUAAAUACACUCAGACUUUCCAUUUGUAUCCCCAACCGGAAGGAGGUUACUUUUAUACUUAAUGACAUGUUCCGCCUGCUUUUUGAUAGCUCAUAAGUGAUCAGUUGAUAACAAUGAACAUCAUCGAGCAAAGGUGUCUCGAUAUAUUGGUAAUGAUUCAAUAUCGUAAUGGUGGUAUAUUAUCUUCUUAUUUAAAGUUCCUUUCGUCUUUUAAUCUGAGCCUGGAUUAUAAGGUUGUUGUUUAAUUAUCAGGCUUCAA